AUGAGAACACUCCUUCUGGACCCGGAGGACCGAGAGGACAAGCUGUGUCUGUCCAUGAUUAACCAGAAGGUUUCCAAGUCCAAGAAAAUGCUCUGCUUGACAGGCGCUGGAAUAUCUUGUAACGCUGGGAUCCCAGAUUUCCGCUCCAACAAGGGUUUAUACAACCUUGUGAAGCAAGAGAACAAAGGAGUCAAAAGCUUGAACAAAGGGCAGGAUCUGUUUGACAUAUCUUUGUUUCGACAAGAAGAAACGAUUCAGAUUUUCAACCGUUUUAUGCAUUCAUUAUAUGAGCACUCCCGCCAAAUUCAGCCCACAGAUACACAUUUGUUUAUAAAACAUUUAUACGAGAGGAAAAAGCUAAUAAGGUGCUACACACAGAACAUUGAUGGGCUUGAAAGGAAACUGGGGCUGGUCACAGACAAUACUAAUGAACUCAAAUGGAAAGACUUACAGAUAGUCCAGUUACACGGAGAUUUACACAAACUGUCUUGUACUAAUUGCUCUAACAAAUUCUCCUGGAAUCUAGAAUACGAAACUCUUCUUCAUAAUGGAGAGUCUCCCGAAUGUCCCAAAUGUUUGGAGUUUUACUUUGCAAGGUUAAGCCAAGGAAAGAGACUCAGCAGCAUUAACAUAGGAAUCCUCAGACCCAACAUCAUACUCUAUGGUGAAAAUAAUGAGUACAGCGAAUACUUAGUCAGAGGAUUCAACCAAGACUUAAACAAAAGACCCAACAUUUUGUUGAUUUUUGGCACCUCAUUGAAGGUCAAUGGUGUUCAAAGUCUGGUUAAAAAGAUAGCCAAAAAUCUUCACGAAGAUGAUAGCAAGGGAAUAGUAAUCUAUAUCAAUAAGACCCCACUGAACAGCUCUUGGAACUCUAUAGUGGAUUUCCACAUUCAAGCAGAUUGUGACGAAUGGGUCCAACAUCUUAGAGCAAAUUUUCCAGAUUUGUUUUUAACUCAGUCUCAACUGGAUCUUAGGAAGAAUAAAAAGAAAAGAAGCAUCAUCAAAGAGGAGAAUAACUGCACCACAGGCGAUAUAUCGUUAACACCUCCAGUGACUCCGACAAAAGUUAAGUCGGAAAAUGCAAGAUUAACUAACCUGAAACCAUCUGAUAAUAUACAAGAAUACAUUAGCUUACUAGACGAUACAGAUCAAGGUGAGCUUACCGAUGAAGAUGGAGAAAACAGCAACUUACUACCCUCCCCUAUGAAUUCCAUGAACUCGAUGACCGAACAAAAUACAAAUAUAAAGCAAGAAACGAAUCCUAUCACAGUCCAAUCCAAACGCAUAAAACCCACUGUUGGUUCCACGAGGCGUGUACUCAAAGCUAGAAAUAUCCCCCGGAGGAAAAACAAGAUUCCACAGGCAGAGACUAUUGCAAUAUAA